UGUUAGUCCGCAGCCGGCCGAUCGUCGUGCUCAGUCCUUCGUACGGAGGCUCGACUUGAAUAACUCACGAUCUCUAUCACCAAACAAAUGUCAUGAUCUCGAGUGCGCGCUUGUGAUCGAGAUUCGCGCCUUUCUAUACUGUGAUUCUUACUUUUCUUUCGUUUAGUUUUGUUUUGUUUGUUUCUCUGCCAGUGCGCUCGAUGAUUCAGUGAACGAAACGGUUUUUCUAUCAUCCUUGGACAACCAUUUCAAACGUUCUCGAGCCGUUGCUGCUUCUACUCAUCUUGUAGUCAGGACGAUGUUGUCGAUAACGUGCGUCGAUGACUUUUUAAACAAAGCCUUCUUCAAAAUCGGCCUGACAGUCGGUCGACAUCCAGGAUACUUCGUCAUAGUGCCGGUCCUCUUGGGAUGCAUUUGCUUGACGGGUUAUCAACGGAUUACCUACGAAAUCGAUCCGGAAUAUCUGUUCUCACCGAUUAAUGGCCCAGGAAAGGCUGAGAGAGCAGUUGUCGAGGAACAUUUUCAAGUGAAUUAUAGCGAUAAGUUUAGCAUCGCGCGAAUCACGAGGCCAGGACGAUUUGGUCACGUGGUGGUAUUGUCUAAGGACAACGACACGAACUUACUCCGUUCGGUGAUAUUCGAAGAGUUGAUUGUACUCGACCAGAUGAUAAGAAACGCCACGGCAGUGUACGAUGGCGAGACGUACAACUAUGCGAAAAUCUGCGCAAAGUGGUUGGGCGAGUGCUUUACCAACGACAUCCUCGAGCUCGAUCAAAUCAUCGAGGACGUCGAGAACAAGGAGAUGAAUCUAACGUUUCCAAUAUCGUUCAAUCCCGUCACGUGGACUCCUCACCUGAUACCCGUAUAUUUUGGUGGAAGUGUGGUGAACGAAGAUUUGGUGCUGGAAGCAGCCCCAGCUUUGCAAAUGGGAUACUUUGUUGUUGUGGACAAUGCAAAGCAAGAUGCGAUUGGUGCAGCUUGGGAAGAGGCAUUCCUAGAUGCAGUAGGCAAAGCAGAAGACGAACAUUUGUUCAAACACAUAAGUGUGGCACGCUUCGCCUCGCGAACUCUCGAGUUGGAGUUCGAACGUAACACCCAAACUGUCAUCCCUUACUACUUCAGUACAUUUACCAUCAUGGCUCUUUUUUCUAUCGUCACCUGUAUGAUGUCAGAUUGGGUUCGUAGCAAACCUUGGCUAGGAUUACUUGGUAAUGUCUCUGCUGGUAUGGCUACCACUGCUGCUUUUGGACUGUGCUGCUAUUUGGGAGUUGAGUUUAUUGGUAUCAAUUUGGCGGCGCCUUUCCUCAUGAUUGGUAUCGGAAUCGACGACACCUUCGUAAUGCUGGCAGCUUGGAGGAGAACAAACAUAAUGGAUCCUGUGCCUCUGCGUAUGGCACACGCUUUGAGCGAAGCCGCAGUAUCCAUCACCAUUACCUCGGUCACCGACAUGGUGUCCUUCUUCAUCGGUAUCAUCUCGCCGUUCCCAUCAGUGAAGAUUUUCUGCAUCUACUCAGGUUUCUCUGUAGUGUUCACUUUCGUGUUCCACCUGACCUUCUUCGCCGGCUGCAUGGCUAUCAGCGGCUACUGCGAGCAAAAGAACUUGCACAGUGUGAUCUGCUGUUCGGUACAGCCGCUCUCUAAAUCAGAGCACCGCUCCUGGUUCUACCGAGUAUUCUGCACUGGUGGAUUGGAUCCAGAAGACCCGAACAAUCCUGUUGAUAACCCAGAACAUGGUUGCAUGAGUUGGUUUCGGGAUUAUCUUGCAGCUGCCUUAAACCAACCCAUAGUCAAGGUGGUAGUCAUUCUUAUUUUUGGACUAUAUCUGGCUGGAGGCUUGUACGGACUAACAACAUUGAAGGAAGGAUUAGAUCGAAGAAGAUUAUCAAAAUCUGAUUCUUACUCCAUCACAUUUUACGAUCGAGAGGACACUUACUACCGAGAAUUCCCUUACAGGAUACAGGUUGUCGUUAGCGGUCAAUACAACUACAGCGAUCCAGUCAUCCAGGAGCAGAUGGAAAACUUAACGCUAAGUUUGGAGGGAACCAAAUGGAUCGGCAGCAAUAUUUAUACAGAAAGUUGGCUGCGGAGUUUUCUCUCUUUUUACGAAGAUCAUCGUGAAGAAGAAGACCAUGUGAACUAUACAAUCUUGAAUGAAAAGGGUUUCAUAAAUACUCUCAGAAAUACAUUCCUUUAUCCAACUUCAACUUGGGCUUUGGACGUCAAAUUUGACGACAACACCGAGCAUAUCGUUGCCAGCCGUUUCCUCAUUCAAGCGGUCAACGUUAGUGGAACCAACAACGAAAAAGACAUGGUCAGAGAACUUCGUCAAAUUUGUGAAGAUUCUCCUUUGAAUGCAACAGUUUUUCAUCCUUACUUCGUGUUCUUCGAUCAAUUCGAACUCGUAAUGCCUACGAGUAUACAGUGUUUGACUUAUGGUGCCCUGACGAUGAUGGUGAUUUCCUUCAUAUUCAUACCAAAUGUGCUGUGCAGUUUGUGGGUAGCAUUUUGCAUCAUUUCCAUCGAGAUUGGAGUUGCAGGAUACAUGGCGCUAUGGGACGUUAGCUUGGACAGUAUAUCCAUGAUCAAUCUAAUUAUGUGCAUCGGUUUCAGUGUCGACUUUACCGCCCACAUCUGUUACGCGUACAUGAGUUCAAAACAAAAGCGACCUGAAGAUCGAGUCAAAGAGUGUCUGUACACUUUGGGAUUACCCAUAGUCCAAGGUUCUCUAUCGACGAUCAUUGGUCUGUUCGCUCUGGUACUCGCCGAUACUUACAUAUUCCUCGUCUUCUUCAAGAUGGUCUUCUUAGUCGUCUUUCUUGGUGCUCUGCAUGGCCUAUUCUUAUUGCCAGUGCUGCUUUCCGUAUUUGGACCUGGCUCUUGGACCGAUUUCGAUCAACAAGAAGAAUUGGAAAAAGCUGAGGAUAUUGCAAAGCUACCAAAACCGUACGUCAUACCUCAUCCGACACUUCUCUACAGCAAAGGAAAAGAUGUAAGUCCAGUUAUUAGCACAACUGCCCUCGAAGAUAGAGAUCUUGGUUUAGGAACCAGCGAAGACAGCAAUUCCACGGAAAGUGGUUCUUCUCAGAGUAGACGAAAGGACAGGCAAACCGAACACAAUGAACAGAACAAAUCACAUUAUCAAGACUGGCGAAGGUCCCUUGGCGUACUCCACAGCUUAUCUCAAUUUCAAACAUCAGCUCCACUCCCGGAUUAUCCAGGAGGGCAUGCUGCUGAUGAACGCCACGACAGGAAUCACAGAAAUAUUACAUUUCUACAUAACACAACCAGGUUACCUCCCACAAGUACGAAUAAUAACAAGCAAGAUUGUCGGCGAAGUAGAUCACAACAAAAUCUCAACCAGUCACCAUCUAGAUAUUAAAAUGACUCUAAAUACCCCUAGAAAUAUGAUUGUUGGAUGCAACGAUAGCUAUACGUGAUUAUAUUUAUUUCAAGUCAAUUGUCCGGUCGAAGGAAAAUGUUAGAUAUUUUUUUACUCCACUCGUCAACUUCUGAAAAGACUAUAAUUUUGAACAUCGAGUGGUUUGAGGUUUGAAAAAACUUUUUUUAUAGAGCAGUAUGACAAACAGCAGUUGUUUACUGCUGUGUGUUACAUCUUUGAUAAUAAUGCAGAUCUAAUUAUUUCUUUGUAAUGCCUGACGAUCAAUGAUAGCUAAUAACUAUAUUUGAUAAAUGACAGGCAAGAGUCUUCGUUGAUAAGAAACCUUUGUUACAGUAGCAUUAAAAAACUGUGCACUUUGUAUUUUCAAUAAAAUGAGGUUUUAUAAGCGAUAGCUAUAAAUUUAGUGCUACUUUGACGAUGGCUCAUGAAAUGACAACGAAUAUUUUUGCCAAAGAAGAUGUAGAUGUUUUGUAUAGAGAUGAAACGCUCGCGCAACUGAUUUUAAUAUUAGUGGUCGGUGAGAUAAAUCAAAAGCCAAAAUGAAUAAAUGUAGUUUUUAAUGUAUUUCAGACAGCUUAUUAUUCAAUAUAUAUUGCCUUGCUGUGAAAUACUAAAAUGUUUUCUUUUGCGAUUGUUGUAUGUUUUACAUUAUUGUUCAAAUGUCAUUGUUACUAGGAAAUUACCAUCGAGUAAUUGUAAUUACAAUAACGACAAAGUUUAUUCCUAUUUUUUUAAUAAAUACUGUAAUUUUUAUCAUCAGUGUCACUAUUUAAGCGUACACGUUUCUUUGUCUUCCCAUGUGCGAGCUUCGUAUUUAUGCAUGACUUUAAUCUGCAAUACGUAAUGUGAACUUGAAAUUUAUUUUAAGAUCAUUGAUUUUGUCGCAAAUGUCUGCGUAAUUGUUUUAUGACUUUUAUUUUUAUCACAUAGAAAUUUUUUUUAGGAAAGAUUUCUUGAUAAAACUAUAAAAGGGUUAUAGUUAUGUUAAAUGGAUGUAAAUACCUAAAUUUAUAGUUUAUUACUGUAAACCAUAAAAAUUUCGAAAGUAUGUUUUCAAAAAACACUUUGCUUACUUUUCAAAUUUUUUUGUUUUAUUUCAAAUUAUAAUAAUUUUUAUUCAUAAUAGUGCCAAUCGCUAAAUCUACAGAAAUUUUACUACUCUUGCUGUAAAAUAUAUAAUAUGUUAUUACUAAUAAACUAUUAGAAUGGCCUAGUUGUUUUAUAUGUUGUAUUAAAUACGAAUUAAAUAAGUCUGUUUAGAUUAAAUAAAAUAAAAUGUAAACUGAUAUAUAAAUAAAUUUAUUACAGAAAAGACGAUAAAGAAAUGUUUUAUUGGAAAGAAUUAUGUGUCUAGAAAUCGGCAACAAUCUAUAUUUCAAAAAUCAUAUAGAUUCGAAUUAUAAAAAAAUAUUCAGCUGUAGUGUUAGACUCUGAUAGUUUGUAAUGACGAAAUAAUUUCUAUCAACUUUUAACUUAAAACUCAACGCGGAUAUUAUCACGGAAUAGAAAAAUAUAGAAUAAGUAGAUUGUCUUUCCACUCCAUCAUUUGUUAAAAUACAGAGUAUGUUUGUGGUCAUGUAAUACAUGAAACAAGAAUUAUUUGCACAUUUCGGAACAUACUUGCUACAAUAUUACUUAUUAUAUGAAUGCCCUAGAACUUCAAUACAAUAAACACAUCAAUAUAAA